UAUUUAUAGACACUUCCGAGGCUUUAGUGCCAAGUCCACCAUGCCAGCCAGUGCCAACAACCCUCCGACAGCCAUGCCCCAACUCCCCCUGAACGCCCCCACUGGAACGAUAAAAAUGGUGCUGAGCUUGGUCACGUUUAUCAGUUUCUACACGCCACUUGUGAUCGCCAUGUACUACAUCAACCGACACAGCCCUAGCAUCAAGUACCGCAACCCGAACGAACUGGCGUUCGUGGCUCUGUCUGCAUUCCUCAACGGCCUGGGGCGGUGUCUGGGGCCGCUCUUCGUCGACGACAUCUCGUGCACGCUCCGGUUGCUCUCAUUAGCAUUCCGCUGCAGCUGGUGCUGGUGAGAUAUGUGUUGGCUGAACGACAUGGCCAAAACAGCCAAACCGAUUGCGAGGACUACCAACGCCACCCCUUCGCUGUUUCGCAACGAUUACAGCGUGUACAGCGGGGCGCACUGCCCGUCUAACCUGCUUGACGCAGUCAUGCGUUGGUUCCUCACGUCGUUUGCGUGUAUGAUAAGUGCGUCGGUGGUGCUGUCGAACUUUGGCUUGCGCCGGCCGUAUCAAACGUGCGGCCGCGCGUAUGUCGCAUUGUUUUUGGCGUACGUUACCAUUUUGAUCUUUUGGUUUCAAAGCGAUGUUGUGUACACGUACCGCGUCGACUUGAUCAUCAACCUCGCCAUCGACCACACGAUUGUAUGGGUCCACAUUGUCCGGCCGAUCGUCGUCGAGUUUGUUCAAUCACCUUCAUCCACAACCAUCCUCAACCCGGCGAUGCACCAGGGCAUAGCGCGUGUGCUCAGUGCGUAUUUGCACUCAAAGGAGGGCUUUGGCCUUUGCCUUGCGGGAUCUGGAAGCGAUACGCGAUGGCCUUUGAAAGCAACACCAAGUACCAUAUGGGUGGAACUGUGAUAUUCCAAGUCUCUGUUGGGCAGACAAGAACGCAUUGGCAUACCAUCGUUGUAGGAGAGCAAUAGUGCACAUGGUAUUGAGCACACGAGCCGUGAAAACCCAUGACUUCCUUUUGCUGCAGGGCGACGGGGCAUCCGGUACUUUGACAUUCUGCUGGACUCGAUCGUGGACAGAAUUCUCGUGGAGACGUUGCCCCGGUUCCAGCGGGAUCCGGUCGGCGCAGGGUGGUAUAACUUUCUUGUCAAGUACCACACACAAGACUCGCUGGAUCAAGUGCUAGACGACACCAUCGGACGAGAUCAGUGGUCCAAGAUGCCCAACCAUCAAACAUGCCGCCAUCAGCCGCUCCACGGGGCGAUUAUACAUGAUUCAAACGGAAGGCCUGUCGUUCAAGGACGGCGACGACGAAAGGAGUACAUGUUGUGUGUUAACAGCGGAAUUGUUGCGCCA